AUGAUUCAACUACUACUAUGCCUUUCAAUAUUUAUCAACUUAAUCAAUGGUUCACCUACUUCUUCCUCAAUUGAACCAAUUCCAACCCCUUCAUAUUUAGUAGAUAUACUAUCUUCCCAACCACAGUUUUCAUAUUUCCUACGUCAUUUACAAAGAAAUAGAAUGAUUCCUCAAUUAAAUCUUUUAGAAAAUGUUACAUUACUUGCUCCAAUAAAUCUGGCAUUUGUUGAAUCGCAAGGUCAAAAUGAAAAUAUAUUAUCAAAUGAAAAUCAAUUAUUAAGAUAUGUGGUUAAUCAAACAUUAGUAGUUGAAAAUAUAUCAGAUACGUUAGUAAUAUAUGAUACUUUAUAUAAACCAAAUGGUGAAUCCUACCCUAUAAAAUUUCAAGUUAAAGAUGAUGAUUAUAUUGUAGAUGAUAUUUCAAGUAUUGUUGAACCGGAUUUACUUGCAAAACAUCAAAGAUCUUAUGUACAAGGUAUAGAUCAUUUAUUACCAAUUAAACCAAGUAUAUGUGAAGUUUUAUUAAAUUCAGAGAAUAGUGAAAUUUCAAUAAUUGGAGAUUUGUUUAGACUGUUAUUUCCUGAUGAAGUUGUGAUAGAGCGAAGGAAGAGGAAAAAGAAAAAAAAGAAGAAGAAUAAACCAAAACUAUUACCAAAGACAUGUUCUGAAUUUUUAGCAGGGGUUAAAACUUUAAUAGUUCCUAGUGAUGAAGUCUUACUUGAUUCUUUGACUGAAUUGCAGUUGAAAUAUUAUUUGGCCAAUUUAGCCGAUGAGAGAUAUAAAACAACUGAUGAUGCAAUCGAUGAGAUUGAUAGAGACAUAAUUUUGUUAUUAAAAGAAUUAAUGUUUGAUCAGUAUAUUGGUGGAGUUAAUGGCACCACAAGAAAAUUAAAAUCAACAACUGGUAAAAAAUAUCAUUUUGAGUCAAAACAUGGUAACCUCUCAAUUGGAAAUUUCACAUCAAACACAAGUCAUGUGUUAUCAAAUGGAAUCAUUCAAGUAUUUAAAACUGGUGAUCAAUUUUUUCAAAAUUUAAAUAUCCCCACAGUUGAAAUGAUUGCAAGAAAAUCAUUAUAUGCAGCUCAUUAUUCUAAUUUUGUUAAAGAAUUAAAAUUUAGAUCUUUGGAAGGCCUCAUAGAUGGAUCCAUUUCAAAUCAAACAAUUCUUAUUGAUGUUGAUCUGAGAGAUGAUGUAAGUGAAGACGAAAUUUAUACUUCAUCGUACAGUUUAAAACAAGAAUUAAUGUAUCAUUUUAUUGAUGAAACAGUAGAUCUUUAUAAUUCAUCUUAUGUAUUAAAAGAUUCAAAUUUAUGUUUAAAAAAAAAAUUAGGAGGUUGUUAUAAAAUAAAAUUAUCAAAAUCAAAAUCAAAGGGACAUCUAUCAGUAUCAAUUAAUGAUGGGAAUGAAGUAUUAGAAAGAAUUUUAAUAAAUAAUGGAUCUCAAAUUUUAAUAAUUAAUGAAGAAUUAUCACCACCUGUAAAUUUAAAACAUUCAUUAGGUGAUUUAAUGUCAACUGGAGCAAUACCACGUCCAAUAGAUAAUAUCCAAUUAGAUAGAAUUCAAUGUUUAAAAACUUUAAACUAUUUAAAUGAUUUUGAUUUAUAUUCUUUAAAAGAUAAUGAUAAGGGUUAUACUAUUUUUUUACCUUGUGGAACUAAAAGAUCAAAAUAUCAAAAGGGAUUAUGGGAUGAAUUAGGUUUAGUAUUGGAUUAUUUAGAGUCUAAACCUGAAUUAUUGAAGGAUAUAAUGAAAGGAAUGUUUUUAGAAAAAACUAUUUACACAAAUUAUAAUGAAUCUGGAAGUUUCAAUAGUUUAACUGGUGCCAAAACUGAAAUAACUGGUUCAAUUUUAAAUGAUCAUUAUAAUAACAUUAAAAUUAAUAAUGAUGUUUCAUUUAAUUUACCUUUAAAUUCAGAUGUAUUAUUUAAUCAAGGAGUAAUUCAUGUUAUAAAUGAAGUUUUAUUACCUAAAAAUUUUCAUAUACCAAUUGAAGAAUUAAUUAAAACAACCAAUGAUCCAAAUUUUUCCAGUUACUCAAUUACAAAUUUAUUAAAAAUGUAUCCAAAAAUUCAAAAUUCAUUAUUUGGUAAACAUCCAUAUUCAUUAAUUAUCCCACAACCAGAAUCUUUAAAAAAUUUUAAUAUAACACCUUCAUUUGAAGAAUUAUUUGAAUUUUUAGAAUUUCAUUUAAUACCAAAUGAAGAAGUUGGAAAAUUAUUAGAUUGUGUUUAUGGAUAUGAUACAAAUGAAGAAAUUAUAAGAACAAAUUAUACUAAAGGUGGAUUAACAUGUAGACAUAAAUCAGAUAAAACCAUUUUACUAGCUUUAUAUAAAUUCAAUAAUACAGAUGAAGUUGAAGUUUUUGGAUAUAAUAAAGAUCAAGAAGUUAAAUUAUUAUCUCAUGGAUGUACUUCACCUUAUUAUGAUGAUGUAAAAAACAUUUCAUGUGUUUUCCUAGUAGAUAAACCUUUAAAUUUAGAUUGGUUUAAAGAUCAUAAAGAUGAUAAUUUUUUACAUAUACAUUUAGGUAUAGUAAGUGUUGGAUUUGGAGUAAUAUUAGGUUUAAUUAUGGUUGGUGGAGUAAUGGUUGGAUUAAUAUUUUGUAUUGGUGGAAAAAAGAAAUCAAAUCAUCAUCAUCCAUAUUUAACCAAGAUAAAUGAUGAUGAUGAUAGUUUACCAAGAAUAGAUUCUGGAUUUAUGAGUGUUUUAACUGAUGAAGAUGAUUAUUUACCAUAUGAUAGAGGUUAUGAAACUGAUGUUGAUGUUUUAAGAACCGAAACUGAUGCUUUAUUACCGUAUCAUAUGAAACGUAAGAAAAAAUUAAGACCAAAUAAUUUUGGAUCAAUAAAAGUUGAUAAUAAUGGUAAUACUUUACCUCGUGAUAUUGGAAAUUUUAAAAAAAAUUUAACAAGAGAAAGAAAUUUACCAGGAGUAUCACAAUUUUAG